AUGGGAGUCCGGCGAGUGCUCACUCUGCUGUUCUGCAUGUGCGGGACAGGACUGAUUGGCGAACGGGUAAGCGGGGUGUUCGCAACGGAGAAGGCGAAAUUGUUGAAGAUGGGCAGGUUAGAAAGGGGGCUCAACUUUCCAUUACGUAUUAGAAAAGGGAAAGAAGGAUUCAUCAGAUGUAUUGCUGCAGGAAAGGAGAGGAAGAAUGUGCAGGACGGAUUGGACUUCACCCGAGGGAGUAACCCCACCACCCCACGAGAGAUAUCCCUUUUUUUUAGUGAGUACCCAGAGGUGCUUUCUUCCUCUUGCUUGUGGGGCAACAAUCAUGGGUGGGUCCAAAAGAGUAGUGAGAUGAGCAUCCCGGGUACAGUGCAUCGAAAUAAGGGUAUGAAUUUGAUGAGGCAAGGGUGUAGGGUUCACAGAUCUGUUUUUUUCAGGCUGGGAGCCAAAAUGCCAGUGAUCACGGUGGAUAGGAAAUUGUACCCGAGGGAGUACAGCACAGACUACGAAGACAUCCUGCGCAAGUUCAAUGUGACGUAUAUUAAUUACAAAACGAGAUUGAGGAGUAAAAAAGAAGUCGACAUACGGGCCAUUGACGACCUGUAUGGACAAAUAUAUGACCGCAAUGUGUUGAAGAAGCAAUUUUACUUUUUCCUUUACCACGAUGAUAUAAAUACAUGUCACAGAAUUUUAAAUGAAAACAGAAAUGUUCUGACGAAAGAGGAGUCAUUUCAAAUGUUGAACAGCUUGCCUUAUAUCUUUUUCAAUCACCUGCAUUAUGUGUACCCCACCGAGGACAACGUAGACCUCAUCCUCUCCAAGCUGUUGAAGACCUACCUCUUCCAGUAUGCCAAUGACAAGAACGUCGAUUUUUUGAACUUCAAAUAUAAGUAUAACGAGUUGGAUGAACAUUGCCAGGGGUUGGAGCGAGCGUUCCUGGCCGGGCAGCCCGCGGGGGAGGCCACCCACACGGUUCAUAGCAGUGGGGAGGUUAGCAGUGGGGAGGUUAGCAGUGGGGAGGUUAGCAGUGGGGGGGUCAGCGGCGAGGUCAGCGGCGAGAACGAGAUAUACGACGACGGGCGGGACACCAACUACGAGCAAAAGUACAAACACAUGUCCUACGAUUACAAAAUCAUCGAGUCCACGAACAAGUACAAGGAGCUCAUGCAGAGGUUCGAAAAGUACCCUAAGAACAUCAAGCUCCAGAAGGUACAACUGCUGUACACAAAAAUAAUAAGCAUGAAGGCAAAUAAGAUUUUUGAAGCAUUUAGGAAACACGAAAGUGUUAAAAGGAACGAAGAGAGGAAAAUAUACAGGAAUGCAAAAAUGACAUUAGACCCAGAAAAACUUACCCCUUGUUUAAAUGAACCUAUAAAAUAUGACCCCAAGGAAAAACAAAGAGUGAAUGAAUUAUUUCAUCACUAUGUAAAGGAAAAAGACCUGACUAAAGCUGCUCUUAUAAUAAGGAAACACACCAACCUGAUUGACACAAAGGACAAGAAGAGUCAACAAACAAUGAAAGAGUUUCUACGACUACAUGAAUACAUAUAUAAAUGUAACAAGUAUACUAAAGAAGAACUGGCCCACUUGAGAAUGAUUUAUUAUUCCACUGUACAGAAGCCGAGAGUUAUUCGAAAAAUAUGUGAAGUGGGCAUGUGGCAACAGGGAGAAAACGCUACUCAUAAGGAGGUGUACGAGAGGCAACUAAAUGAGUAUUUGCAAAAGAGGGAGGCUCUACGUGAUGAAAGAAUGAAGAAGAAAAAUAUUGACAUGGAUGAAAUACGAGACUUCAGUUCGGCGUACCCUAUGGAAUGGUUACCUGUCCUCUACAAAGAUAUGUUUGAGCAGAUCGAACGGGAAAAAAAUUCAAAAAGUGCGGAGAGGAAAGGUGUCCUCAGCAAGAAGAGUGACUCCAUCAAGAGGUUGUUUUCCCCUGGUGGGACUGAUAAGGGUACUGGCGAUGCCUCUACAGGGGUGGGACCACAGGAACGGUUCAGAAGCAAAGACUCCGCUCAUGACCUUUUGAAUGUGAAGAACGAACUUAAGUUUGGCCGUAACGUCUUGAAUUACAAGAAGAAAAUUUGGGGCAAGAACAGGCGCAAGCGGGAGGAGGCCUCCAAAGGGGGAGGGAAGUCUGCCAAGGGCGGCAAGGACUCCACCGACGAGGAUUCGUAG